AGUCACCUUUAGGAGGGUCUUGAUGUUAUCAUUUAUGUACGUCGUUUUAAGUUGCAAUGUUCAUUGACAAUUGUAUGGUUGAGUGGCACGCGAGUCCGAGAGGCUUUUACCAUUGCGAAUAGCAGUCUCAUAAAGGCAAGCGCGCGCGCAACCCGCCGCAACCUAACAUUUAUGUGUGCUUGAAUUUUGGUGUGUGACGUUAUAGUGUCAAAAAUUGCGGUUAUCAGUUAACAUGAAAAUUAAUAUAAAAUUAUUCGAUUUCAUCCCGGCGCGGUUUAACGUGGCCUUAAUGAUGUUUUUCGCUUGCUGGGUUAAUUACAUGUUAAGGGUAAACAUGAGCGUCAACAUCAUCGCAAUGGUUCCAGACGAUAGCGAAGUUAAAUCGGUGAAAAGCGAAUGCGAGGCCAUCGCUAAUGACGAUAGCUCAUUAUAUAACGACACUAUAAAAGUGAUUACGAAGCGGGUGCUACGGCAGCCUGAAGGUGUUAUCACUUUUGAUUGGUCAGCCCAAAAACAAGCCUACGUAUUAUCUAGCUACUUCUGGGGCUACGCCAUAACUUCCCUACUUAGUGGCACAGCAGCCGAAUUAUGGGGUCCAAGGAAAAUCGUCUUUUUGACGAUGUUAAUUAGUUCUGUUCUUACGAUUCUGACACCGCAAGCAGCUAUAUGGGAUUAUUCCCUACUUGUGGGUACACGAUUCGUCAUCGGUCUUUUAUCGGGUUUCCUUUUUCCUGCAUUGCACUCGCUAGUUGCUAGGUGGGCGCCUCCAGCUGAGAAAGGAAAAUUCGUGAGCUCACUUUUAGGUGGUGCUAUAGGAACUGUCGUCACGUGGUCACUUACUGGGCCGCUGAUUGAGAACUUUGGUUGGAGCUAUGCAUUUUACGUACCUGGUAUAAUUGGUGUAGUAUGGUGUUUGGCUUGGUGGUUCUUGGUAUAUGAUUCCCCCAUCCUACAUCCACGUAUCUCAUCUGCAGAAAAAGAUUAUAUUUUACAAGCCAUCGGCGAUAAAGUGCAGAGUUCGAAAAAGAAGAAAACUGUACCUCCUUUCUUAAAAAUCAUUACUUCAUUUCCCUUCCUCGCUAUGGUGAUUCUUCACUACGGUAACAACUGGGGACUGUACUUCGCGAUGACAGCGGCACCUAAAUUUGUAUCCAGCGCACUGGGUUUCAAUCUUACCUCAACCGGAACACUGUCUUCCUUACCAUACUUAGCUAGGAUGAUAUUCUCAUUAAUCUUCGGUGCAAUUGGAGACAGAAUCAUGAAACAAAACAUAGUUUCGACGACAUUCGUUAGGAAGUUCUUCUGUCUGUUCUCCCACAUUGUGCCUGGCUUACUACUGAUAGCUCUUGGAUACACUGGAUGCGCGCCGAUACUUUCAGUGGCUCUGAUAACAUUCUCGAUGGGAUCGAACGGCGCGGCAACUUUAACCAAUCUGGUCAACCACCAAGAUCUUGCUCCUAAUUUUGCCGGUACAUUGUAUGGAUUUGCUAAUGGAAUCGGUAACACGGCUGGAUUCAUUACGCCUAUUGUUACUGCCUAUUUCACUAAGAAUGGGAACGGUUUUGCGGAAUGGAGACCAGUUUUCAUCACCGGGGCCUCUUUGUAUAUCGCUUCAGCGCUGUAUUUCAUCCUGUUUGGAACUGGAGAAACACAACCAUGGAACUAUAUUGCGCCAGAGAAUGAUGAAGAUGAAGAAGAAAAGAGACCAAGUGCAAAUUCCACCGAUACCACUGUUACUAUCGCCGUUAAAACAUAAAACUUUAGUUUUAUAUCGUGACUGUUUUUGCUACUCUCAGAUAAAAUAGUAGUUACUUUUUUGGCAAAGCCCAAAGUAGAUACUUUUAAAUAAUGUCACGUGUAGCCUAUUCCAAGCACAAGUGGAAUAAAGUCAAAUAAAAGAAAUACAUCGAACUGACGCAGUUUAAUUGAUCGUGCUUGACGAAGUCAUCGGGACUAUUAUAAUUUUCAGUAAAAUUAAAAUGAAUAUAAUGUGCAUUUAUAUGGAAUAGUGUUCUAUUAUAAUAAAGAAAAAUAAUCUUGAACGUUUCUAGUGCACAAUAUAGCAGAGCGAUUAGCUUUAGCAAUUACGUAAAUCUUUGUAAAGGUGUGUUUAUCUGUAUUUCUACUUCGAUUGGAAUAGGUUAUAGUUAUUAUCUUACGAUGUUUAUAUGUACUUAAUAAUAAUAUAGUUAAUUUAGUGUAAGUGAUAUUACGAAUUUAAAAAUAUGACAUAUUUUAGUACGAAAAAUAGAUUUUUUAUUUGUAUCGAGGCUUGACUGUGAUCGAAAUAUUUGUUUGUAAUGUAAAAAAUAACGAUUAGGCUUUUUUUUUACGAAAAAAGAGUUCAAGAUUUUAUUGGAACAAAUACUUUUGUAUAAAAACAUGACAUUGGUUUUUAAAAAUUAAUUGAACAAUUUUAUGUAUCGUUGCUUGCAACAUAUACUAUAACUUGCAUUAAUUAUUAUAGUAUAACUUAUUACAAUAAUUUAUCUAUAGCGUGUUUUUAUGUGUGAUAAGGUUCCCUUCAAAAUAUAUUGAUGUAAUAAUUGAGUUCCCUUUUAUUCACUGAAGGGGUUGCUAACUAAAAAAAUGGAACACAACUAUGUAAUACGAAUUAUUUGCCAAUAAUAUAAAACAAGUCUUUUUAUAGGCAUGCCGAGUACUUACUUAAUACUUAAAUGAUAAACUUAAAUGAUAACUAGAAUAUUUGUAAGACUGUGAUGGAAUUUGAGAGUAUUUGAGAAUUAAUAA